AUGAGGAUGAGGAUGGAGCGGGAGGACGCGGCCCGGCCGCGGCUCUCGGCAGCCGCCACCGCCCGGGCUCCGGGCCUGGCAGCACCGGGGGGCUCCGGGCUGUGCCCCCCGUACUGGGACGUGCUGCUGGGACUGGGGGGGGGGCUGAGCCUCGCCCCCACCCCCAGCACCAUCCCCCCCGCCCCAGGAUUGGGGGGGGGGAUCAGCGGCACCUGCCCCGCGCCGCCCCGCCCCGCCCCCUCCCGGCUCGAGCCGCGGGGGGGGCCCCCCGUGCCUUGUCCCUUCCCCGCGCCCCCCAAGGAGCCCCCCCCGGGCCGCCCCCCCGCGCUGGACCCCGAGCUCUUCUUCACGGCGCCCUCGACGCCGGUGCGGGCCGGGGGGGCGCGGCCGCCCCCCGAGGAGCCGACGGACGGGGACAGCGAGGGGCUGUGCUCGCCCCCCACGUCCCCCUCGGGCUCCUACAUGACGGCCGAGGGCGGCAGCUGGGGCUCCUCGGGCACCGCCAGCACCUCCCCGUCCUGCUCCCCCAACCUGGCGAACGAGGCCGAAGGCCUGGGCGAGGGCGAUGCCGAGGCUCUGGGGGGGGCCCUGGUGCUGCCCCCCGGCCUGGGGGACCCCCCGGCCUUCCCCCCGCUGUCCCCCGAGGAGGAGGAUGACGAUGAUGACGAGGACGGUCCCUUCGCCCCGCCGGGCUGUGCGGAUGACGAGGAUGAGGAGGACGAUGAUGAUGAGGACGGGCAGACGCCGGAGGAGGAUGAGGAUGAGGACGAGGGCUCGGGGCUGAUCCCGGCGGCGCUGCUCCCGUUCCGCGGCAGUCUCCUCUUCCAGGCCGAGGCCGUGGAGAUCUCGCCGCGGGCGGCCCCCGACGAGGAGGAGGAGGAGGAGGAGGAGGAUGAAGGCAGCACCUCGGCGUCCUUCCUGCGCUCGCUGUCCGAGAGCUCCAUCCCCGAGGGGGGGGACGAGGCCUUCGCCUUCCGCGACGACACCGACGCCUCCUCGGACUCGGCCGCCUACGACGGGGACGAGGACGAGCGGCUGUACGGCAGCGAGCGGCACGCGGGGGACACGGGGACCCCCCCGGGGACCCCCCCGGGGACCCCCCCGGCCUCCCCCGCGCCCGCCGGUGUGGAGCUCCACCUCCGGGCCGGGUCCCCGUGUCACCCCCCCGCGCCCGGCGCCUUGGGGACACCCCUGGCACCCCCCGGAGGGGACGCGGAGCUGGACGGGGACGCCUUUGUCACCAUCGCGGGGGUGUGGCCCCCGCCCGAGCCCCCCGAGGAGGCGGCAGAAGGUUCUGGAGCAGGAGGUUCUGGAGCAGAAGGUUCUGGAGCAGAAGGUUCUGGAGCGGCGCUGGCACAGGGACCGUGCCCGGAGCUGGCAGUGCCCAGCCCUGUCCCCCCGGCCCCCGUGCUCUGUGCCAGGGACCCCCAGAGCCACCCGCUGGGGGGGGCCAACGGGGAGCCCCAGGACGGCCCCGGGGGUGACAGUGACGGUGACAAUGACCUUGAGCUCAGCACCGGGACGGUGGGGAGUGACGGCCACGGCGAGCUGGGCUCUGCGGCCACCAGCCUGGGGACGGCGGUGACACCGAGCCCCCCGGGUGAGAUGGACGAUGUGGUGACACCAGUGACAGCCAGCCUGAUGGACUCUGUGGGCGCUGACCUGGUGGCACCAGUGACACCGACCCCGCUGGACGAGAUGGAUGCUGCAGCCACCAGCCCGGUGACACCCGGCCCGCCUGACGAGCCGGACACUGUGGGGACACCGGGGACACCAACCCUGCUGGACGAGAUGGACACUGUGGCCACUGACAUGGGGACACCGGGGACACCAACCCUGCUGGACGAGAUGGACACUGUGGCCACUGACAUGGGGACACUGCGGACACCAACCCUGCUGGACGAGAUGGACACUGUGGCCACUGACAUGGGGACACCAGGGACACCAACCCCGCUGGCCACCAACGUGGGGACACCGGGGACACCAACCCCCCUGGAUGAGCUGGACACUGUGGCCACUGACAUGGGGACACCAAGCCCGCUGGACACUGCAGAUGUGGUGACAGCCACCCUGAUGGACAGCACAGCCACCAGCCUGGUGGCACCCAGCCCGUCAGAUGCUGCAGCCCCUGAUGCCGCGGCAUUGGUGACACCGAGCCCCCCAGAUGAGCCGGACACUGCGGCCACCAGCCUGGUGACACCGAGCCCACCACGUGAGCCGGAUGCCGUGCCCAUGGACCUGGUGACACCAACCCCACUGGUGACACCCAGCUGCCCAGAUGAGCCCGACACUGUGGCCACCAGCCAGGUGACACCAGGGACACCGAGCCCCCCAGAUGAGCUGGAUGUCACGGCCACUGAGCUGGUGACACCGGUGCCACCCAGCCUGCUGGACAAGAUGCAUGUGGUGACAGCCACCCUGAUGGACAGCACAGCCACCAGCCUGGUGGCACCCAGCCCGUCAGAUGCUGCAGCCCCUGAUGCCGCGGCAUUGGUGACACCGAGCCCCCCAGAUGAGCCGGACACUGCGGCCACCAGCCUGGUGACACCGAGCCCACCACGUGAGCCGGAUGCCGUGCCCAUGGACCUGGUGACACCAACCCCACUGGUGACACCCAGCUGCCCAGAUGAGCCCGACACUGUGGCCACCAGCCAGGUGACACCAGGGACACCGAGCCCCCCAGAUGAGCUGGAUGUCACGGCCACUGAGCUGGUGACACCGGUGCCACCCAGCCUGCUGGACAAGAUGGAAGUUGUGGACACUGUCCUGGUGACGCCAGUGACAUCCACGCUGAAGGAUGCUGUGGCCACUGAUUUGGUGACAUCGGUGACACCCGCCCUGAUGGCCACUGCGGCCACCGGCCUGGUGACAUCGGUGACACCGCCCCCCCUGGGUGAGAGUAGAGCUGUGGCCAUCGACCUGGUGACAUCGGUGACACCUGCCCUGAUGGACACCAGGGACGCUGCCCCGGUGACGUCGGUGACGCCGACCCCCCAGGACGAGACGGCCACCGUGACCUCUGCUGCGGUGACCCCCGGCCCGUCGGAGUCGAGCUCGUCCAGCGAGGCUGAGGCCCCCCAGCCCCCCCCGGCCCCCCAGCGCUGCCAGCCCAACCACCGAGGGUCCGGGAACGACUCCGAGAGCAACGACGAGUCCAUCCCGGAGCUGGAGGAGCCCGAGGGCUCGGAGCUGCCCCCUGCCCAGCCCCAGGUGCCCCUCGGGCCCGGAGAGGAGCCGCUGAGCAAAGCCAAGCAGAGCCGCAGCGAGAAGAAGGCCCGCAAGGCCAUGUCCAAGCUGGGGCUGCGGCAGAUCCACGGCGUCACCCGCAUCACCAUCCGCAAGUCCAAGAACAUCCUGUUCGUCAUCUCCAAACCCGACGUCUUCAAGAGCCCCGCGUCCGACAUCUACAUCGUCUUUGGGGAGGCCAAGAUCGAGGACCUGUCCCAGCAAGUGCACAAGGCAGCGGCUGAGAAGUUCAAGGUGCCCCUGGAGCACUCGGCGCUCGUGACCGACGCUGCUCCCGCCCUGGCCAUCAAGGAGGAGAGCGAGGAGGAGGAGGAGGUGGAUGAGACGGGGCUGGAGGUGCGGGACAUCGAGCUGGUGAUGGCCCAGGCCAACGUGUCCCGGCCCAAGGCCGUGCGGGCCCUGCGGCACAACAACAACGACAUCGUCAACGCCAUCAUGGAACUGACCAUGUAGCAGCUGGGGGUGUCCUGGCCCCCUGUAUAGAUGCACAGACCCCCCCCAGACCCUUCCUCCUGCCCCCCAUCCUCCUCCUGGCCCCUGGACUGCUCAAUAAAGGCCUCCUGCACCCCUUGGAUCGCACCUCGCCUGCCAGGCCUGAUUUUGGGACUUUGGGGAGCCCCUUUUCCAGCACUGGGAUGGGGGGGCCGUCACCUGGGGGUGUAACUGGGAUGGGGGAGGUGGAAGGACAGGUUCUGGGGGAGGGGCAGCACCCCUGGGUGCUCCCAGCAUUACUGGGGGUCAGGGACACCCCCUCCCCUCCCCUCCAGAUUUGGGGUGUGGCAGAGAGCCCCUGAGCUCCAAGGGCUGGGGAGGGAGGGAACUCUUGGUCCCCA